GCUUUCUCUCGUCUGCUAUUCCGUUGCUCUCCCCGACGCUGUGCUGACAGUUCACGAAGUUCGUCUCGCUGCAUCCAUACUCUUUGACAGAAGUGAGGUUCGACAUUUCGUGACUACAUCUGAUGAGCAAUCCAGCGAGCAACUUGUCCGACUCUUCGCGGCCUAACAGCGGAAGGCCCAGAAGUUCCGUGCGUCCGACGAGCGGCAGAACCGCAUGGAACACCGGAGCUAAACUGACUCGUGAAAAAUCGCGAGAUUUGGAAGCGUUUGUCGCAAACGCCGAGCAGUUCGAAGUUGUCGACGACAGUGAAGUCGUUCCGAUACCUGAGCAAAAAGGAUGCCUAGCGAGCUGCUUAAGAGGUCUACGAGGGCUAUGGUCCACACGGCAGCUGCAAGAUGGAAAAGCGGACAGGGAGUGGAUCAUCCGCACCACCCUCAGAGAGCUGGUGAUAUACAUCUUCUUCCUCAUUGUCCUCUGCAUCUUGACCUUCGGGAUGAUGAGUCCAACAAUGUACUACCAGACCAAGGUCAUGAGUGACCUGUUCUUGGACUCCACGUUCAAAGACAACACAAGCAACCUCAGGGGCUCAAGCAACCUGGAAAAUUUUUGGUCUUUCGUGGAAGACGUAAUGCUGGGUGCCCUCUAUUGGGAGAACUGGUACAACAACCACAGCAUGGCGUCCGAUGACCGGAACAUUCUGUACGAAAAUCGGCUCUUAGGUUCACCCCGCAUACGACAACUUCGAGUUCGCAACGACUCGUGCAAUGUGCACUCGGACUUCAAAAAGGCAAUAACGCAGUGUUACGACAAUUAUUCACCUCACUUCGAAGAUGACUCGCCGUUUGGGCACAUGAAUGGCACAGCCUGGACAUACCACACUGAGAAGGAACUUGAUGGAACGAUGCACUGGGGAUUACUGAACGCAUACAGCGGGGCAGGCUAUUACGCGGACCUUGGUAUUACCAAAGAGGCUGCGACGCAAGUGAUGGCAGAUCUGAAGGAGAACCUCUGGGUUGGAAGGGCUACACGUGCAAUCUUUCUGGAUUUCACGGUCUACAAUGCUAAUGUCAAUCUCUUCUGUGUCAUCAAGCUGGUUUUUGAAUUUCCAGCAACAGGUGGCAUGAUUCCAUCCUGGAGCUUCAGGACUGUAAAGCUGCUUCGCUAUGUUUCUGCCACCGAUUACUUUAUACUGUCCUGCGAAGUUAUUUUCACAUUUUUCAUCCUUUAUUACAUCGUUGAAGAAGCUCUUGAGAUCAAGAACAAUCGAAUCUCAUAUUUUAAGUCUGUCUGGAACAUUUUGGACGUUCUCGUGAUUGUGAUUUCGAUGCUCUGCAUAACAUUCAGUGUCUACCGAACCAUAAUGGUGGACAGCUUACUUGUGGACCUUCUCAACAAGCCCGACGAAUACCCUGAUUUCGGAAAGCUGGGCUUCUAUCAAACACAAUUCAACAAUGCUGUUGCCCUCGCUGUCUUCUUUGCUUGGAUCAAAGUUUUCAAAUACAUCAGCUUUAACAAGACCAUGACUCAGCUUUCAUCUACGCUUUCUCGGUGUUCGAAGGAUGUGGCAGGUUUCAGCAUUAUGUUCUUCAUUGUGUUCUUUGCUUUUGCACAAUUGGGUUACCUCUUAUUUGGAACACAAAUUAAGGGAUUCAGUUCAUUCAUCAAUGCUGUGUUUACACUGCUGCGUCUGAUUUUGGGAGAUUUUGAUUUUGAAGAAAUGGAGGCUGCAAACAGAGUCCUGGGUCCCAUUUACUUCCUGAGCUACGUUUUCUUCGUGUUCUUUGUCCUACUGAACAUGUUCCUGGCUAUUAUCAACGACACCUACGCAGAAGUGAAGACUGAAAUUUCACUGCAGAAGAACGAGUUUGAACUGGUUGAUUAUUUCAAGAAGGGCUACAACAAUAUCCUGGGCAAGCUGGGCAAGCGUGACCAGAUCAUAGAUAUUCAAAACGCGUUGAAGAUGGCAGACUCAAAUAACGACAGCAAGCUAACAUUUGAGGAAGUGAGGAAGACACUAAAGGCACAAAACUUCAGUGACAUGGAAAUUGAAAUGAUUUUCUCCAAAUAUGACGUGGAUGGAAACCGAGAGCUAAGUGAGCAGGAGACGAAAGAGAUGAUGGCACAUCUUGAGGGACAGAAGAUGCAGCUCGACCAAGAAAUUCAAAGGGAAAACACUGAUGGUGGUGGCGGCGGUGGCGGUGGUGGUGACAACGGCACUGGUGUACUCGUAGAUGACUUCAAUGUGCUGUCACGAAGGGUGGACCGCAUGGAACAUUCCAUUGGGAGCAUUGUGUCCAAAAUUGACGCAGUUCUAGUCAAAAUGGAAGCAAUGGAGCAGACAAAGACACGUCGUCGUGAAAACAUGAGCAAGAUACUCGACAGCAUCUCAGAGAAUGAAGGCAUUGAUGACAGAACAAAGCGACAACAAAUGGAGAAACUUGUGCGUGAAGAACUCCAACAUUGGGAUUCAGAAGCCUCUCUUCACACUCCAAACAGGGAAAGGACCAGUUCGCCUUAAGAACCCGCUGUGCAGUCACUUGCUGAAGGAACUGAAGUGCCUGCCCCUCCAGAGGGGAACAAGAUACGGCCGUCCUUUGACACGACUCCAGCAGAGCAACAAAUACUUUGAAUCGUAUAUAUUUGGUCUUCACAAAGGCCCCAGCAGACACUUGUUACCAUUUAGAUCAACUGCUUUAUGAUCACAAGGUAGCAAGCAGCAAGUACACUGCUUGACAUAGCUAUCAGCAUGUGUUGACCUAUUUCACACGAAGCAAUUGAAUGCACGGUUUCGUAAGGAAACAAAAGUUUCUUUCCCUGCGCAUUGCCAUUCUUUUGUACAUGUCAGCAUAGUCAGUACAGUACGAGUCAGUGGAAACUAUCCGUAGUGUACAAAGUCACAAUAUCUCACUUGUGUUGUGUUUUCCAACUCAAUGUCCUCCAGAUCAUUCCCCCAUCACCCUGAGAGUAAAAGUUUUUCAAAAAGCUGCA